AUGACUUCUACCAAGCUUCCUCUUGCCGCUUGGUCUCGGAUCACUUCCAGCAAGCGCCUCUACCGAUCCUCCCAAGCCGUCUCCACCAUCGAUCAAAAGAUCUAUAUCUUUGGCGGCGAGUUGCUUCCACGUGAACCGGUUGACAACAGAAUUGAUGUUGUCAGCCUCGAUGCUCAGGAGCAUGGCGCCCAAACACUUACGGCUCCCGCCAAAGCCCCCUCACCUCGAGUUGGCAGCCCCAGCACCACCAUCGGAGGCAACUUCUUCCUCUUCUCUGGACGCGGUGGUCUUGAAAUGAAACCUAUCGAAGAAAAAGGUGCUAUCUGGCGGUACAAUACUGCCGACAAUACAUGGGACACUAUAGAACCUGUAGAUCCUUCUGCGCCGUUGCCAGAUGGUAGAAGCUAUCAUUGCAUCACCUCAGAUGGAGUUGAUCAGCUUUACCUCCACUCCGGAUGCCCUGAGCAGAAUCGACUCAGCGACCUCUGGGCUUUUGACCUGACAAAACAGGCUUGGAAAGAAUUGCCCUCUGCACCAGGACCUGCGCGCGGUGGCUCCUCCAUCGCAUUUCACGAUGGCAAGCUGUAUCGCAUGAACGGCUUUGAUGGAAAGACAGAACAAGGGGGCGCCCUGGACAUCUAUAACAUUGAGGCUGGCUCAUGGUCUACGGUGACUUACAAACCCGAUGGUGUUGAAGGUCCUGAAGCACGAAGUGUAGCAAGUCUUCUGUCAAUUACAGUACGGGGCAAGAAUUUCUUGAUCACCAUGUUUGGCGAGAGAGACCCAAGCGCUCUAGGCCACGCUGGGGCCGGAAAGAUGCUGUCUGACGUCUGGGCUUUUGACAUUGAGGAGAGUACCUGGCAGAGAGUGGAGAUUGGUGAUGAUAGACCUGUUGCUAGGGGUUGGUUCGACGCUGAUGUUGCGCGGGGCGAGAAUGGGAAAGAUGUUGUAAUCGUUCAUGGGGGUCUUGGGGAGGAUAAUCAGCGACUCGGCGAUGUUUGGGCAUUGCGUUUCUAGGUAUUGUAGUUGGUUUA